AUGAGCUUCUUCAGUAGAAACCUAAACAUUCAGAAGCGUCACAAGAUCCAAAUAAUAUCUAACAGCAACGCUUUACCACCUGAACCUGACACUGUAUUUAUUACAUCCAGUUGUUGUUGCUGUGGAACGGUUUUACAGCAUCCAAAGAAUAUCAGCAAGUUUAGAUGCUCAAUAUGCUAUGUCACUGUCGUCUUAAGAGGCCCAACAUCUAAUAGGGAGCCGAUAGAGAAGUUUGAUUUGGUGGAAAUGAAAGAGCUAAUUAUGUCUUGUACACAUAUUUAUCGGGAGCUAGAUAAAACUGAAAAACAUCAGAGAAAGCAUGAGAUUUUUUGUCCUGUUGAGGAUUACCUUGCCAUAAGGAUGUCCUCUAUAUUUGCUUUAAACUCAUCGUUUGAAAGUUCGAACCGCAAUGAAAUUUUGGAUUACGACGAAGUUAAAGAAUUCUAUAGGCUUCUAGUAGAAUUGCCUACUAAAAAACCAUUCUACAGCUUCUUGGUGGCCUGUAACGAAUUAUUGAAACGUCCUCAUGUCGUGCUAUCCAAGGCAUUUCCAGCACAAGGAAAAUAUAGAAGAAUAGGGUUAUUCAGAUGGAUUCUAGUAAUAUUAGAGAUCCCAAUUUUCAAACAAACACUAGCAAAUGUUGAAGCAAGCUGUAAUAAACCUCAAUUUAGAGCGAUAUCUUAUGAAGUUUUAAAGAAGGCCAUAGGAUACUUAUCAUGUCUUGAUAUCCCUACAGCUAAAGAAUUGGUCCACUAUUUAAAAUAUCUCCACGAUGAUGUGUUUGUUUCUAAAGUCGAGUUGAUAAACAUGUAUAUUACAUUUCACUUUGCGAGGAUUCUACAUAACAUUGGAAAGGAUGUGGAACGAUCUAAACACAGUCCUCAAUUGGAAGAUUUUCAGACAUCCGAGAAAUUGAACCCUACAAUUGGAGCUGACAUGAGUAGGAAAAUGUUACGCCAUAAUGUUAAUGCAUUUUUAACUGGGAUUGUUAGACCCAUCACUGUUGGUACUGGCAAAGAUACGUUGAACGCUGACUUUAAGUUCAAAAUUGAAGAUUAUGGGAACGACUGGCAUAUUAAGACUGGCGCUAAAUUCCUCCUUUGUUUUUAUGUGGUAAAUCAAGCAGUAUACAAAUGCCCAGUUUCUACAUUCUACAAUACAAUGAUAGAUUUCGUUGAUUAUAAGAAAGAUUUUGAUAUCUGGCAGAAAUCAAGUAAACUGUUAACAGACCAAAAUAAAGAGAAUCAAGACGCUUUAGAAGCACCAACCGAUGGCCAGUUUACUAUUUGCCAAUGUCCCUUUUUAUUCUCAUUAGGUAUGAAGAUUUCUAUUUUGGAGUAUGAAACACGUAGGAUCAUGGAAUAUAAUGCAGAACAAGCAUUUUUAAAAGCGUUAGAUCGCAGGCAAGUUGUUGACGUAUAUUUGAAAGUUCGCGUCAGGAGGAACUUCGUUACACAAGACUCACUAAGGAGUAUUCAAUCACAACAGAAAGAUCUCAAAAAAUCCCUCAGAAUAGAAUUUGUCAAUGAGCCUGGCAUUGAUGCUGGAGGCUUAAGAAAGGAAUGGUUCUUAUUAUUAACACGAGACUUGUUUAACCCGAAUAACGGUUUGUUUGUCUAUAUUCCUGAAAGUAGGCUAUCAUGGUUUUCCAUAAGUUCUUCGCUGGACAGCGAGUUGUUACAAGGACAGAAUAACAGCUCCGAAUUGUACUAUUUAUUUGGUGUCGUACUAGGCUUAGCAAUAUACAAUAGCACUAUUUUGGACUUAAAAUUCCCCAGAGCCCUUUACAAAAAGCUCUGUUCAGAAAAGUUGUCUCUAGAUGACUUUAUGGAAUUAUAUCCAGAGACGGGUGAAAACCUUUUAAAAAUGUUAGAAUAUAAUGAAAGUGAUUUUGAGGAAACGUUUGGUCUCAAUUUUGAAACCAGUUUCCCUGAUUGUCUUGAUGAGACAAAAGUUUACUAUCACGAACUCUGUCCUGACGGUGGCAACCGUGCUGUCACUCAAGAGAAUAAGGAUGAGUAUUUUAAGCUUUGGAUGGACUUCUACUUAAACCGUUCGAUAGAAAAAAGUUUUGAAAGCUUUAGAAGUGGUUUCUUUCAUGUCAUUGAAGCUAACUCUUUCAAACUCUUCGGUUCUGAAGAGAUAGAGCAGCUUGUCUGUGGCAGUCACGAACAAGGCCUUGACGUCGACAUGUUGCGUAGUGUUACAAAGUACCAGGGUGGAUUCGAUGAUAACAGUCCUGUUGUGCAAUGGUUUUGGGAAAUAAUCCAAGAGUUUGACUACGAAAAACAGAGAAAACUCCUACAAUUUGUCACUGGUUCCGACAGAGUACCUGCAACUGGCGUCACCACAAUUCCAUUCCGCAUCUCCAGAAUCCGCUCCGGAGCUGACAGAUUACCGCUAUCCCACACAUGUUUUAAUGAAAUAUGCCUACAUGAUUAUAUCGACAAGCACACCUUGAGAUCAAAGUUGCUUGUCGCCAUAGAUGAGUCCGAAGGAUACGGAUUCAGGUAA